CAUGUCAACGUGCUCGUGCAUGCCAAAUGGGCUGUCAGUUGUGAUUGGGGAGUAACAAGUGGAUUCAACAGCAACACUUUCUCUGCACCGAGCUGCGUUCUACAUCUCUCGACUAUUGCGCUGUCUGAAUUAAACCUGAGCAUCAUCAUGGACUCCGAUACCAGCCGAGUGUCUAGCCGACCUUCCUCCCCCGAAGUGCAUGAUAUGUUUCUGCAUGCGAUGAAGAAGCAUAUGGUAGGCUUCUCCGGUACUGUCUCGUCCACACAGAGCGACUCUCCACCGGAGAUACCGGCGGACAUGCGGAGCCUCUCCGAUGAUGACGAUGAUAUCACUCUGAAAAUGCUGUCAAAGAAGGACCGUAAACUGCUUUCGGAGAACGAGCUGCAGGGGAUGCGACUGAAAAUCAACAGCCGUGAGCGGAAGAGGAUGCACGACCUUAACAUCGCCAUGGACGGUCUCCGGGAGGUUAUGCCUUACGCGCACGGGCCCUCGGUGCGCAAGCUUUCCAAAAUCGCCACUCUCCUCCUGGCGAGAAACUACAUCUUGAUGUUGAGCAACUCGCUGGAGGAGAUGAAGAGACUGGUCAGUGAGAUCUAUGGCAGCGGACACCACAGCAGCUUCCACCCCUCCGCCUGUGGGACCAUGGCGCACACUGGGCCACUGCCCGGCCAUCCGACUGUUUCUCACGCCUCCCACCCGGUGCACCACCCACUUCUUCCCCCGGCGGUCUCCACCGCAGCCUCUCUCUCAGCAACGGGUCUUACCUCGAUCAGACCCCACCAUGGACUCCUGAAGGCGCCCUCGGCCGGCCCGGGCCCCCUGGGCAGCAGCUUCCAUCACUGGGGCGCAGGGAUGCCCUGUCCGUGCAGCAUGUGCCAGGUGCCACCUCCACAUGUGUCCGGCAUGAGCGCUGUCACCAUGUCCAGGCUGACGAGUGACUCCAAAUGACAUGAACACUUAUCAUAGAACGAGAGCAGGAGAAAAGUGAAAAUAACUUUCGGCUGUAGACGUCACCCUGCAUCUUAGUCCAUAUCAACACCUUUUACAUUUUAUUUAUCUGUUGCUGAAAUUAGCUUUGGAUUGAGCCAGCAGAAAUUCCUUACUUUAUAAAAACUGGAAGAGCGCUACUAACAUAGCAUUUUGUAACAGUAUAUAGCGUAAUUAAUAAAAGGUGCUUUAUGACACAUUUUAAUAUUCA